AUGGAAGCUGUAGCUGCCAAAUGGCAAAAGUUUGGAGCUGCCAGUAGCAAAGAUAUUGUGAAACUUUAUGGUGAAUGGAAGGAUGACCAAUCCCCUGCUAGCACAGAUCUGGUAGUAGAUUGGACACCCUCAAUGGACCGUUGUUUCAUUGACCUUAUGCUAGAGCAGGUACACCGAGGGAAUAAGAUUGAUAAUACAUUUGAUGUACAAGCUUGGGCACAUAUGGUUGCAUCAUUUAAUGAAAAGCUUGGACUCCAGUAUGACAGAUAUGUACUGGAAACUCGGUACAUAUGCUUAAUGCAACAGUACACCGACAUCAACGGUCUUCUCAAUCAGAAUGGAUUUGCAUGGGAUGAAACUCAGCACAUUGUUGUAGCAGACGACGAGAUUUGGGAAGCUUAUGUUAAGGAACAUCCGAAUGCAAUCUUGUACAGAAAUAAAAUCUUACAACACUACAAUGAUCUAUGUGUUAUCUUUGGAAUCGGAUUGAUGGAUGGACGUGUGGUUUGUCAGACUCUAGUUAAUGAAUUUGACCAUAGUCCUUUAGGCAUGGAGAUUAAUGAAACUUGUCAGCUUAAAAACCCGGUUAUGGGAAAAGAGACACCUAGUGGAAGGAAAAAGCGGUCAGCUGUGACACCUUCAGCCUCGAGCCGUUCUAGCAAAUUGCAGAAAACUGGCAAGGACAUACAAAAAAGUUUUAGUGACAUGGAAACCAUGGUCACUAAAUUGGUAAACAAGAAGGCAGACAAGAACCAUAUCACAAUAGAAAGUGCCAUUGAUGCACUUCAAGCCAUACCAGACAUAGAUGAUGAGCUUCUAUUAGAUGCUUGUGAUCUUUUGGAAGAUGAGAAAAAAGCCAAGACAUUUUUGGCAUUGGAUGCCACCCUGCGGAAGAAGUGGUUGCGUAGGAAGCUCGGUCGCUAGUGGCUGUACAUAAUGAGAUAUUGGCCUUAUAGUUUCAAUUUACUCUAGUUGGUCAGCAAUUUCUUUGGAGUCAGAUGGUCCUUUAAGCUAGUUAUGCAAAAAUUGUUUUGAACUAUUGUGCAGUAUAUAGGUCUGCGAGUUUUUGAGCAGGUUUUGUUCGCGGGCAGUUGCUUAUAAGCUGUUAAUCAAAUGCUAUGCAGAAUUUUUUUCUUGGGCAUGCAUUAAAUUGAUAUGGUUGCAAAAAGACGACGAGCGCAACAAGAGAGGGAUGGUUGUAAUCCAUUGUUGUGCCACUUGCUUUCGAGUUAUUGUGCAUGAAAUUUGGCUGCUAAUCUCAACAACCCCUCUCAAAACUAGGUAUCAUCAUCCCUGAUGAAUCAAUGUAACCUGUUUCUAUGAGUUGUAAACAAUAAAAC